GAUCUCCCCUCCUGGACUAAGUGCGCUCACUCAUGUUAUCGCGCACUCUCACCGUCUGCGGCUCGGAAGGACAACAUCCGGUGGGCGUGACGUCAUACGCCGAGCGUGCGGUGAUCUUUAAGCCAUUUUUCAGUCCCACCACACCCCCAGGAUAAGAUCGCGUUAUUUAUUUAUUUAUUUUUUAUCAUCACACAAUGUUUAUAGUGCACGCAGCAGAGCGAAUUUAAACGGUUCAACUGGAAAUUAAGUGAGCUAAAACACACGCGCGCGCGCGUGCGUAAAAGAAAAUAAUACGAUGAACAGAAGCGGUUCAGCACGUCACCAUGGCAACGAGGUUUUUGUUGUCAAUGACGACCAAAGUAACGUUCGGACCUGACGGUUUCAGGUUUGGGCUCGUGCGUGAGUUAGCUCGGUUCGCUUCGGUUCGGCGGUUCAGCGGCUUCUAGGCAAAUAAAACAAAACACAGGCGUGUCGUCGCGCGAAGCGGUGGAACGAUGGACUCAGAUUCGCUGUCCUACUCUCUGGACUUCAUCGCCAGCAGCGGACGUAUUUUGACUCUUGAACAGAGAACCGCCCUUCAGACGUCCAUGUUGAUCCUGAAGAGGAACUACAACUUCAAACGGGCCAUGUUCUGGGGGAAGAUACUGGGCAUAAAGCAGGACUACUUCAUUGCUCAAGGGAGAAGUGAAGAUGAAAUAAAAAGAACAUAUUUAUAUAGCUUCAACUGCAUGGACUGGUUCCUUCUUCCGACCGUCACUGAGAGCAUGAUUGAAGAAGUGGCCAAAACUGCUAGGGGUCAUUUCAUAGGAGACCCCUCUUAUGUGUAUGAACUAAAUCUAUACUUUCAGACUGAGUCAGAGGAAGAACCAGACCCCAACGUGAACAAAGUAAGUGAAGAGAACAGGCUGGCAGUGGUUAUUCAACAGAUCGAUGAGGAAGUGUCUGUGGUGCCCCGAGGUGCCUUCAUCAGGACUCCACUUGGCCUUGUCCAUGUCAACCGCAGUUUUGAGGGUCUUUCUGAAUCAGAAGCAAGGAAGCUUGACAAUUUUCUACACUUCCGUGAACCGAGGAGAGAAAACCUUUUAUAUCUCGAAAGGAUGGGGGACUGGUGCCCAGCCAUCGACUUCCUGGAUGUCAUCAAUGACGACAUUCCUAAAGGAUCGUGGAGUCUUCAGUUUGAGUGUGCCAGCAGAGUGUGUGUGCUGCGCAGCCUCCUGUGGUUUGGACUCACUUUCUACCAUGUGCCAAAUACGCCGCAACAUGGAUACGUCUACAUCGGCAACGGGCUGAAAAACCAGGACCUUCCUUUCAUGCUGUAAUAUAAACAUGCUGUUUUUUGAUCUCAGAA